AUGGCACUAGACGCCCGGGCUCCCUUUGUUCCCCUUGCUGCGCCGUUCGGGGCCCCUCUCGGGGGGACGCAGGACUGCUUUCAUUCCCCGGGUUCCUACCCCUCAUCAGGGCCCAACCAGGUCCAAGGGACAAAGGGGCAGUUCCACGAGCAACGGCUGAGCUCGAGCGCGGAACCCGCUCCACGACGCGCGGGGAGGCCGCCCGCCCCCGCCGGCACGAGCGGUCUCGGAGCGAGGGCACGUGCCCGCCCCAGGGCCAGACGUCCCUCCUCCGCCGAACACCUCGAACUCGCAGCGCCCCUCGAGAGGCUCUCCGACCGUCCCGGGGCCGGCCUUGCCCGCGGCACCCCCGGCCCGGGCCUUCCGUGCCUCCGGGGACCAGCUCGCUCCGUCCAGGGGAAGCAGGGCCCUCCGCUUCGGCCUUCCUCCCGCCGCCAGCACAGCCGGGUCUCGGGGACGGCGCCCGGGCGCGCGGCCGAGCGGUUGGCCGCCAACGGCUUCCUACGGCGAGGGGGGAGCGCGGGAGCAGAGGCGGGAACGAGCCGGGCGGGACGGAGCCGGCGCGGGGCGGGGCCAGCGCCGGGAAGGCUCGCGAAGGAGCUGGGAGGCCCCGCCCUUUCCGUAGAUAUCUCUAGAAAACCGCGCAGGAGCCCGAAAACAAAGAGUGCGCACGCGCGGCGGCAGGGCCCGGGCAUUUUGCUGCGUCACCAGCCGCCGCCCGGCCUCACCACCCCUCGCUCGCACGCACGCACGUUCAUCCUCCGUCCUCGCGCCCCGAUUCCUACACUUUCCUCUUCUCCGCGACCGGAGGAGCCGCUCUCUCCGCGCAGUGCAUUCUGGGGACCCGGGUCGAGCCCGCCGUCGCCUGAGGGAAGCGAGGAGAGGCCGCGACCGGGAAGAAAGCGCCGAGUCGCCACCGGAGGAGAGUCGACUGCCCGGCAGCUGCCGCCGGAGAGGCCCGCCCACCCGCUCGCCCGGCCCCCCGCCCCGUUCACGAUGCAGCCUGCUUCUGCAAAGUGGUACGAUCGAAGGGACUACGUCUUCAUUGAAUUUUGUGUUGAAGACAGUAAAGAUGUUAAUGUAAAUUUUGAAAAAUCCAAACUUACAUUCAGUUGUCUUGGAGGAAGUGAUAAUUUUAAACAUUUAAAUGAAAUUGAUCUUUUUCACUGUAUUGAUCCAAAUGAUUCCAAGCAUAAAAGAACGGACAGAUCAAUUUUAUGUUGUUUACGAAAAGGUGAAUCUGGCCAGUCAUGGCCAAGGUUAACAAAAGAAAGGGCAAAGCUUAAUUGGCUUAGUGUGGACUUCAAUAAUUGGAAAGACUGGGAAGAUGAUUCAGAUGAAGACAUGUCUAAUUUUGAUCGUUUCUCUGAGAUGAUGAACAACAUGGGUGGUGAUGAGGAUGUAGAUUUACCAGAAGUAGAUGGAGCAGAUGAUGAUUCACAAGACAGUGAUGAUGAAAAAAUGCCAGAUCUGGAGUAAGAAAUGUUGUCAUCACCGGAUUUUGAGAAAGAAAAGUAACUUCUUUGCAAGAUUUCAUAAUUGAGAGAAUUCCUGAAUUGAUAGCUCUAAAGGCAGAUGCUGUAUUUGCCUCCUUUAACCCAUUUUUCAACCUGUUUGUUUUUUUAAAGGCUUCACUAAGGGUUGAUAUGUACCAUUGUAUGGGGCAAUUUUAAGUCAGCUAAGGCAAUAACCUUAUGCAUGAACUUUUCCCAGACUUCCAUGAUGCUGUUGAGGUCCUAGGCAAUUGAUACAGCAGUUGUGGUAAAUAAAAACAUUUCACCUCAGUCUCCUUUUACUUCAUAACAUAGAUACUGACAUGAUAGGAAGAUCUUGGCUUAGAAGAAAGAUAACUAAAUUUUAGAUUUUAGCACAUGGACUCAGAGUGGCUGAUGAAACAAAUUGGUUGAUACCUUAAACUGGUAACUUGUUCCUCUGGUAUAUCCUCCAGAAUUAUUCCACUAAAGUUUUAUUUUUCAAAAGAUUUACUUCACAUUAUUGUAAGUGAUCACUUGUCAGUGUUCCAGAUGUAUCUUAGCUAAAACUAGUGAAUGCCCUAACUUAGAUGGUUUUUGAAGCCUGUACAUUUGGUAUUGUUUGACCCUUAAACUUUUACAUCUCUUAGCAUGGAGGACGAAGAAAGGCUGUACAUUGUUGCUUGAGAGUCUGUACAUUUAGACCAAAUUGUAUUUGCACUGUCAGUAUGGCAAAUGAGUGGAAAAAAUGUUAAUACACUAUUGGAUUUUUUAUUUUUUUGAUUCAGCUUGUCCCAGGCUGAAAACCUCAAUUUAUGUUCAUGACAGUGGGGAUUUUUUUUUUUUAAUGUCUACAUUCUUUCUAAUAAACUGUUGGAAGACUUUUUGACUGUC